GUUGUACAUUAUAAUUCGUGACGCCAGAACCACCAGCCUUUGGAAGAGUGCUGAACUUGUUUCCAAGCUUUCCCCUAAACUUCCAUGUGGACAGCUUCCCCGUUUAGCUGUAUUCGUUAAAAGCAAUGUUGUCUUCAGGAUGGCUAAACGAUCAGCGCAAGAUCGGGCUUGGCCUGACUGCGUUUGGCAUCCUAUUCACUGUCCUGGGAAUGCUGCUGUUCUUCGAUCGAGGACUCAUUGCCAUGGGAAAUCUGCUAUUCCUGGCGGGUCUGGCCACCACCAUCGGGUUCAACUCCACGGUCAGCUUCUUCAUGAAAAAGAAGAACCGUAAGGGUUCAGCCUUCUACCUUGGAGGCUGUGCAGUAGUCGUGUACGGCUGGACCGUAAUAGGGCUGGUGCUAGAGGCUUACGGCUUCUGGUGCCUCUUUUGCGAGUUUUUCCCGACGGUGUUGCAGUUCUUGCGGAGAGUACCCGUCCUAAGUAAAGUACUUGACCUGCCCAUCCUCAAGCUGGUCUUUAACCGGUUACAACAACUCGGGGGCCUUCCGACCACGCAAUACCAGGCGGGCGUAGCAGCGUACAGGAAAUAGCGAUCAUGCACGGCAGGAGUCGCCCAGGGGCAGUCAAAGUAAACCAGGGUAAGAUGCCCCGGCGCCGCUGCAGGAGUUGGUUGCACGGUAUGUUUGCUUGGGUGUAUCGCCCGGAUAGAGCUCGAAGUAACUUAGGGGACGGUGUGCCCGCGGCGCCGGGCAUGUAUCUGGCCCAUAGUGUUAGUUGCAACUAAAAGUUGCCUUAGCUGGGACCUUAGGAUUUAGGAAUUAGUAGGUAGAGCACGGCGGCUGGAGGAGUCUGGCGGUUGCGCCUGUGCGAGUGGCACGGGGCUGGAUGCGCUCGGCUGGGUUCCUUUCAAUUUGAACUUCGGCAGUUGACUUGACAGCUUGGACUGGACUUGGCUGGGGUCACUUCGAUCGCUGCAGGCAUGGCUGAGGGUUGUGUCGGGGUUCAUAGCUGAAGGGUCUGAGCGAUGACUGCUGACUGCUUUAAUGCAAGUAAUUUGGGGUGGACAACUGUUGACUAUAGGCCCCGUCUUCGAGAGGCUUUGAAGCCCCAGUCGUUGUGGAGGCAAAUGGGAUGGGAAACGCCUGCGGAGCAUGCGUGGUAGAACCCGCCUGAUAUGGGCCGGAACUGUUGGAGCAAAGUUCCUUUAGCGUUGACAACAUUGCCGACUUAGGCAAGCCGAGCACUUGGUUGCAAGGCGUAGGAGGGCGCCAUAACUCGCACGGCCCUUGCCAGUAAUUUUUCCAUUAUUACAUAAAUGACAAAAGCGGAACAAGUGUCCUACAUACUUCUAGCCGCCGAUGACGGC